AACUGUGUGGAGGGAGCAUUCCAUUCGUUUUCCAUGUGAAGACGACAGAGAGAUAAUAAACCUCGCUUGCUUGGAACCAAUGAGCAUUGAAAUUUUCGGUAUAAAGUUGUGAAGGUUUGUUGCUGAGGCCUCAGUGACUGCAGCGGGCAACAGAGACGCAAUGGGUCUGCUUCCCAUCGCCAUAAUCCUUUCUGUCGCCCUGCGGCAGACAUCUUCUGUAAUAAUAAUGGCACGGCAGGAAUUAACCUCAAAGUUGGUUAGAAGCAAAUGCCAACCAGAAACCGGCGUCUCCACAGAGGCCAUUGAAGGAGUUCCUGAAGGAAAGUUUCCAGACGACAGAAAUUUGAAGUGCUACAUGAAAUGUGCAAUGACCAUGACCUUAACGAUGAGGGACGGAAAGCUGAGGACAGACAUUGCUCUUUCUAUGGCUGAGAAGCUGAGUGCAGACAUCAAGGAUAGGGUCAUAGCUGCCAUACAAAAGUGCAGCAGCGCGGAUGACGGGUUGACAGAUCCCUGCGAGGUUGCCUUCACGGCAACAAAAUGCAUACACGACGCUGACUCUGAGAUUUUAUUCUUCCCGUGAACGGGUCUUCGGACUUCGAAGGUUGUCAACGGAGAGAUACUCAUUCUCCAUUGAUGCUUAGAAAUGUGCGCAGAAGCGCGUUUUUGACCCUGCCACGCACCUUGCACCAAACACGAUUAUUAUAAGCAAUUAUCUUCGACGAAAAUACAAUGUGGACCAAGAGGAUGAAUCGAAACACACCAUAUUAAUUUUGGUAUUAGGGUUGUGUUCAAUUAAAUUGUAGAAAAUAAUUAUUGCCUCUUAGAACGUUGUAUUUCAUGAUUUUG